GCGGAGGCUGCGGCGGUGGCGGCGACGUGCUGCGUCAUGGUGCGCUCCUCACCUGGAGACGCUCUGGCGACCCCGGAAGUGGGCCGGGGGCUUGGCCGCUGCCCGGCCUCUGAGCCGGGGCAGUGACUGAGAGCGCCGGGCGAGGCCCAGCUGAUUGUAGAUCCCCCGGGCGGAGCCCGCACCGCUUUUCCCAGGAUGCUGAACGUUCCUUCCCAGGCUUUCCCCGCCCCCGGCUCGCAGCAGCGCGCCGCCUCCGGGGGGCGCAGCAAGGUACCUUUAAAGCAAGGCAGAAGUCUUAUGGAUUGGAUUCGACUGACCAAAAGUGGAAAGGAUCUCACAGGACUGAAAGGAAGAUUGAUUGAAGUAACUGAAGAGGAGCUUAUAAAACACAACAAAAAAGAUGAUUGUUGGGUAUGCAUAAGAGGACUUGUUUAUAAUGUCAGUCCAUAUAUGGAAUAUCACCCAGGUGGGGAGGAUGAACUGAUGCGAGCAGCAGGCUCAGAUGGUACAGACCUUUUUGAUCAGGUGCAUCGUUGGGUCAAUUAUGAAUCCAUGUUGAAAGAAUGUCUUGUUGGAAGAAUGGCUGUCAAGCCUGUUGCUAUUGCUAAAGAGAAUCAUGAGAAGAAAUUUUUAAAUGGCAUACUUCUCAAAAGCAAAGUACCAGAUUUACCUGCCAAAGAAAUUUCUCCAAGCUAUGAUUGGUUCCAAACAGAAUCCUUAGUCACCAUUGUCAUAUAUACCAAACAGAAGGAUAUGGAUUCAGAGUCUGUAAUAGUUGACUAUCAGGAUGGUUGCUUUAGAGCAGAAAUUCUUAUCAAGGAUUAUUCAUAUCUUCUACAUACUGAGUUGAGCCAUGAAAUUCAAGAGGACAUUUCUGUGCGCGUUGCAGAAAAAACGGGUAAAGUAGAGAUUGUUCUGAAGAAAAAAGUUAAUAUAUCUUGGAAGUAUCUUGGACAUCCCCUGGAGAAUCAUAAUUCGUUUACUGAACACAAAGAAAAAGGGCUGUACUAUAGAAAGUGUAAGCUGAUUUCCAAGGUGGAUGUUACACACGAUACCAAACUUUACUGCUUGAUGCUGCCACCAGGCACUCAUCUUCAGGUGCCCAUUGGGCAACAUGUUUACCUCAAGCAAACUGUUACAGGUACAGAAGUAGUGAAGCCGUAUACACCUGUAUUAGAGUCCUUACACUCAGAUUUACAGGAACCACUUCAUCCUCAUAACAAAUAUAUCUAUCUUAUGAUCAAAAUCUAUCGCGCUGGACUCUUCUCACCACAUUUUGAUUGUCUUCAGAUAGGAGAUUGUGUUUCUUUGAGUAGUCCUGAGGGCAACUUUAAAAAAUCUCAGCUCCAAGAUUUAGAAGAACUCUUCUUAUUGGCAGCUGGAACAGGCUUCACACCAAUGAUUAAAAUAUUGAAUUAUGCUUUGAAUAUAACCAGUCUCAGGAAAGUGAAGCUGAUGUUCUUCAACAAGACAGAAGGAGAUAUUCUUUGGAGGAACCAGUUGGAGCAGUUAGCAGACAAGGAGAGAAGAUUUGAAGUUGAAUUUAUUCUCUCGGAGCCCACCUGUGAAUGGACAGGCAAACAGGGAAGAAUUUCAUUACCUCUUCUUUCUGAGUUUGUAAAAAGAAGCUCAGAAGACUCUGGAGUCCUCAUCUGCAUUUGUGGGCCAGCACCAUUCACAGAACAAGGAAUAAGAUUGCUGAAGGAUCUUAACUUUUCACAAGAAGAGGUCCAUAGUUUUACUGCAUAAGGAAGAGUUCCUACAGGAUCUUGCCAAAUUUAUGUAGCCGUUUCUGAGUGCUUGGAUUUUUUUAAAGGAAACUUUUUUUUUAUACACAUAAUAUAAGGUGACUACAAGGCCAGUCUUAGGGUUUCUUCAGUGAUAUGCAGCCAUGUCUUCAGUAACAUCAUUUGUCAGACUUUAUCUUGGCAUCUCGACUGAUUUUACUACUACUGUUGGCUUUUCAUCUGGGUAGUUCAUUAUGGAGACAGUAUUUAUGGCUCUAGAUGAAAAAUGCUACAGAAUCACUUUUAAACGAUUCACUGUUCUACUGUAAGCCCAUAUUAUAAGUAUUUUAUGAUUCAUGAAGUGGUAAAGGGUCACUUUGAUCACAUUUCUAUGCUGUAAAAUGUCUUCUUAGCAAUACAGUCUGAAUUUUACAUUGCACUGUUAACUCAGGAAAUGAUCACUUAGGUUCUUGUUGUUAGUAUUAAACCAUGGAAUGUUAUGACUUAUUAAAUGAUCCAAACAAGAUUUUUUAUGUAUAUGACAUUGAUACAAAGUAGAAUAAAAUUAUAUGUAGGUAUUUUUUAAUCCUUGUUGGGAAUGUGAUGAAUGUAGCAAGGUUGGACCUCCAGCUCUAAACUCCAGUGUCCCUCUAUGUAUAACUUCAGAGCUGGAAGGGACCCUAUGAGUCAUCAGAUCCAAUAUUUUCAUUUUAUAGAUGAGGAAACUGAGACCCGGAGAAGUUAGAAGUAAAUAGUUUAUCCAAGGUCACAAAGCUAGUUUAGUGUAUGGCAGCUGGGACCUAGAACACAGGUGUCUCAACCCCCGGCUGAAAGAUGUAGCAUCUGAGAAGAGCUCAGGGAGAGAGAGCUAUGUAGAACUUUGGAUAAACCUGCAUGAAAAUGCUUGGUUGCAUGACGGAAAAUAACCCAAGAUAAAUGAUAAUAAAAGAGGCAGGUGUCACUUCUUUAAGCAAAAUCAAAUGAAAAAUCUGGGCACAUCAGCACAGAGAAUGUGAGUGACUAUCAGCCAGAAGAAAGCAUUUGAAAGGUGGUUCCAUCAGGGGAGUAGUGAGGAGAGGGAGGAGAGAGAAGAAGGGACAAGGGAAUUCGGACUAGGAGUGAGUUAAGUUCUGAUGCUUUAUUUUUGAGACUGUUUGGUUGUCUGGUUUUAUAAGGAACAUUGUGUAACUACUUUGUUCCUUGCUUGUCAUUCUUCCCUUACCUCACAGUGGGGAAAUUUCCUGAGUGGGGGUGUGAACAGUUUAUUCUUUCUCCUCACCAAUAUUGUAGAGUUCACCUGCUUCCAUGGAGGCAUGCAGAAAAGGGCUGGCAAGAGAGCUAAAAUGAAGUGAACGUGGAUGGGUGAUUUUAUUGAGGGCUGAGUAGUGAGGUAAAUGGCUGAAGUCACUUGGAUUUUUUCAAGUUAGCUUAAUGUAAUAUCAUGUUGGACAUUGUUUUCAUAGAGGCAAGGUAAAGUCUAAAUUUACUUUACAAAAUUUCGCAACUAGAUAACUGGUGCUGUGGGCAGGAACCAUCCCUCAUCCUCCCAAUCCUGACUGAAAAACCCUAAAUUGAAGAGGGAUGGAAAUGAAUGAGAUUCUGCAUUCUAUUAAUGCACCUGCCUCUAACUAGCUGUAUGACAUGCGACUUAAACUUCUUUGAACCUUGUUUUUCCUCAUCUAUAAAAGCAGUUUAAGUUCAAAUCUUGUAAAGCCCAUAAAAUUAUUAUGCAUUUCAAAAUGUCCAGAAAAGUCUUCCUCUACCUCUUUGUGCCCCUCUAACUAAACUGAUUUUCCUUAAUUAAGCACCAGCAUUAAAAUAAAUAGUUACUUA